AUUAAGUGAAGAGAGGCUCGAAGGUUGCAAUGCAUGUUCCCAGAUAGGGCAACUCCUCCUUUCCUUCUUCACACACCUGAGAGAGAGUACCAGGGUCCUCGCAGCACACCACAGCCUAUCUCUUGCAUGCAAAGUAACGCACAGUAGCAGUUUGGCAAGAAGUCAGUUACUUUGGGAACCAAAUCUAGGGCGGGGAGCGCGCACGGCGCGUGUGACGGGCAGCUGACGUUUCCAACUGUCCUCUCCCGCAACGGAAGAUGCACACUGUGGAUGUUUGUAUAAGCGCUGGAGACGACCGUUUUCUGCAUUUUAUUAACGACGGCCACGCAUCGUCAGUUGCCUUGCAUCCCCACGGAACAUCAUGCGAGUAGGAGCGACGCACCCAAUGCCAUGCUGAGCAACUCCCCGACUUUUCUGCUGGCUCUGACCACCGUAGCCGGACUACUCCAGCGGUGCCACGGCUGGAGCGACGAGGACCUCCUGUUACCCCCCAUCAACUCCACCAACAGAUUCUUGGCCAACUUGGAGGUAGACGUGCACUACUCGAAGAGAUCCGAGGAGGAGAGCGAAGCCUCCUCGUCAGACACUUCGUUACAGCCGUUGCCACAUUGCAACGUCAGCGUGCAGAGACUUUUCCCCACCUCGCUGGUGGCUAGUUGGGACAGCAACUUCGGUUUCCAGUGCGAUGUGUUUAUAUAUACCGCCAAUAACAAUGGAAGGGCUUUUUUCUCUGCUGCUAUCAACAGAGCCAUCUCACCUGUUCUCAUCGAACACCUCGGAGUCACCGGCGGCCAGCAGGAGUUUAGACUGUGUGUUGGAUGUGGCAUGUCACGAUACCGGCGAUUCGGCAAGUCAAAGGCUCAGCAGACGGGGGAUCCCAUCAAUUUCUGCUGUGUUGACUUCAGCCUUGACGAACUAAAUGGGGACAAAAGUUGGAGAUUGAACCGUAAACCCAUCGAGUCAACUCUUGUGGCUUGUUUCAUGACUCUAGUGAUAAUAGUGUGGAGUGUUGCUGCCCUCAUAUGGCCGGUGCCUAUUAUUGCAGGAUUUCUGCCCAACGGAAUGGAACAGAGACGGCCGAGAUAAAGAAUGAUCAAAUUCUGGAGAUAAGCCCCCAAGCCAAUAGGCUAAAAAUACUGUAGAAUACAUAUUUCAACGUUUUUUUUCUUCACAUUCUACCCGUAUAAAUAUAUGUCCGUUUCCAAUUUUACCGUUUAGAAUGGAAGAGUGUAUUUUUGGUUUUGGUCUAUUUCCUAAUGAUAGGCCUUCACUAUAAGAAGACCAAUAGUUUUAAAGAUAGGUUGUGGUAUUGUAAAUCUAGCCUCUGUAUUACAUGGUCUAUAUAAUAGGUGCCUAUGUAGAGUGUGUUAACAACAUUUGACUGUAAACAGUGUUCGUAUGGUUUUAAAUCUUUGUAGGAUUAUUGCCUAUGGCCCUGGCAGUGGUGUAGUGGUGCCUGAAGAAGUGGGUAUACUCUAAUUUUGCCAAAAAUGUCCCAAACGGUCCGCCCAGCAAAGGAAAGGUGCCCUGUGGGAAAAAUUAUAUGAGAAACAGUGACAUACAUUCUGUAUUACCUAAAAUUAUAUAUUCCAUAUUGGUCUUUCACAGUCAGACCAACCCAAGCUGUACUGUGCAAGUAGGCUAAUUGUAGACAGAUCUAUUUAUUUAUAUUCAGAUUUUCACUCUCAAAGUCACAAUUUGUUUUUUAGAAAAACAACUAAAUUGGAUGUUCUUACGUCCAUAACAAUGCUUUCAAAGUCCAUAACAAUGUCCAUAACAAUACCACAUCAGGAGACCACUUUUGAGCUCUGGGAAAUAUCUAAGAUAAACUAUUUUUGUGUAGUUGCCCUUUAAUAAUUCCAGUGUGAUGGCACCUAGCACUGUUGUUUGUUAGUGGUGUUUCUGUAGCACGUGAGAUGGAAUUUGCAAAACAAAUGGCCACUGGAUUAAUGCAAAUAAUCAUCAUAUCAUUCUGCCAUGUGGGCAUAGGCUACUUUGUAGCUAGUUAACAUUUCCCAGUUUUGGGGGAAACCUUUCCAUCUACCAGAAGACGGCUUAUUGUUAGCAUCACUAUAUUUUUCCUGUUACUUAAUUGUUUGAAACCUAGAUGUUUUACUCGGUAUUAUGAGGCAUGCCUUAGCAUUUCUUCAAUGGAGCCUAUAGCCAAAAUCCCACCAUAGAAAGGAGGAGGCAAUUAUUUGAUAAAGACUUCCUCAUAUGCAUUAUCCUGUUCUUUCAACUUUAUUUCAUUGUCUAGCAGCCAAGUACAUUAUCCUAUUCAUAUUAGCAACUGAUGAAGGUUGUUGUAUCUUUAGAUCUCCCAUAGUAUCUACAUGUCUUAUGGAUAUUUCCAUCUCCAUCCAUGAAACCUCUCACAUGUGCUGUGCACAUUUUAGAAUGGUAUUUUCCUGCUAAUUUCAUUUUGGAACAUUCCCGUGUAGGCCUACCGCCAUGUGCCCAUUGCAGCAUCUAAAAUGUGAAGAAAUAAUAGUUUAUCAACAUGUAAUUUAAGCAUGAAGAAAUACACGCAAUGCGCACUGAAAACCUGCGCAUACCCUCCGCUACACACACCACUGAAGCCUGCUAUUUGUUGUGUUUAUGUAGAGAGAAAUUAUAGUUUUGUCAUGAACUUGAAUGAAAAAGUGUGCUGUAAUACGUGGUGGGUAGAUCUUGUCAAGAAUAAAUGCAUAAAUGUCAUAGGCCUACCUGAAUUUAUUUUGGAUGUUGUAUGAAAUAUUUUGACGUAUUGGCAACCCCCCUCUCUGAUAUGGUUUAAUAUUAUUUAUACUGUUAGAUUUAUCUAUAUAACACAAUUAAAACUAAGCUGAUAACAUAUUUGUAUUUAUUUGUAUGAGAACAUGAAUUAAUAAAUAAAUCAAAAGUAUUUGUUUU